CGGGACUCAGGAUGACAUUCUGCUUGCCACCAAGUCUUCACAUCUUCCGUAUGCAUUCGCAUCAAUUCCACUAAUCUCUUUGCAUAUACCUGGGUGCAUCACGCUCAUAAUUGUGCUCACUAGGCUGAGCUGCUGGACUGUGACCUAAGUGUACAAUAGUGCGCUCGUAACGCGCGACUACCCUAUGUCUGUUUGACAGAACUCAUCCAGCUUAUCUGCAUAUCGACAAUAAUCUACUGGAAAGCGCUAGUCAUCACCGAAUACUGCGGAGACGGAUAGAAGACAUGCAUUCUAGCAAGCGCGACAGCCUCCUCUCAACAGGCUCUAUAGGGCGCCCGCAAGGUGGACUGGUCCGCAUAGCGUCGCACGAAUCGUUGACAGCACACCCGCUGCUGUCACCAACGGCACCUGGCUCGUCAUCCUCUUCAAUCUCGUCUCACUCAAACGGAUCAGUAGACACUGCUGCAACACAGAUGCCCACCAAGUAUGUGCCGUAUACGCCAAGGCAACGCGCACAGCCUACGUCUGCGACAACUGGCGCAACAAUGCAGCCAAGCAUCCAAGCGUCUCCUCAGCAGCCGACGUUCCAGAGCGAUGCGACCAGCAAGCUUCAACUCAUGAACCUCAAGGCUGCGGCGCAGAAAGGAGGCUUGGAUGCUGCGAGUACGGGCUGGGCCAUUUUAGAGAAGCUUGGGACAGAGACGGACCACGGUCCAGAGUGGAACGAGGUCUGGCAUGCUAUCUCCGCGGCGAAGGCGACAUUGCUGCUACCUCUUGAAGCACAUUCCGCAAAUGAGCCGAUUACGCCGGAGCUCAUCAAGGACCACAUCGUCUUUUGGGACGGCUCCAGUCUCGAGGCGCCAGUCGUGACUCUGUCUGGCAUGCGCGGGACCAUGGCAGAUGAAGUCUUGACUAUCCGCUCCAGUGUGGAUAUCUCGUCGAAACUCUUCCAGACAAUCUUGGACCCGUCUACACGGAAUACAGCCUUGGGCUCACUCCCCCCACUGCCUCUUCCUGUCUAUCUCAAGCAGCCCUCGCUCCCUCCGACCCCGCUAUCUCCGCCACUGCAGAUUCCUCCCUCACCAAAGCCUCCGACAUCGACGCCUACAUAUCCGGUGUUUUCUCUCACGUCACAUCACCCUUCGCUUCCGCUCCCGCCGCGUCCUCAUGCCAUAAAUUCUGCAGCUCAGAAUAAACCUCCGCUGCCUCCGCGGCCGCGCCCCGGCACGUCCACAAGCGCUGCGGCCGCGUCUCGGCUAUCCAACCCGUUCGCGUCCUUGUUCGGUCGAGCGCCCUCGUCGGCACCCACGCCGCCUGCGAGUCCCACGGUGAACCCGAUGCCGUUACAGACACCACAGGUCACCAGUCCUGCCGAUGCGCAAUCUCCGGAGGGCACGGAACAUGUCAUCGGGGUUCCUUCAUUUACGCUUAACAAGCGGAUAGUACGGCGAAGUGUUGCGAAAGAGAUCUUACGAGUCGUUCAUCACGAAAUUCGCGCCGGCCUCGCACCCAGCGGGGCCCCCUCGUGGGUCGCAGAACGGAUCGAGGACUUCGCUGAGCGUGAAGGCCUGCUGCCGUUUGUUAAAGCGAAAACGAACAAGAAUAAGCUCGAUGACAACGCGCUCGGUGGGUAUCUCAUCCAUCCCGGCCUCUCGAAGGAUGAGCCUCUAGACGAUGUCGGGAGGCGAUUCCAGGAUUUCUACGCAGAGAUCGAAGAGCAACUUAUCAAACGCAGGUGGCGUGGCCGGAGGUCGUUUGGGAAAGGCGUGCUGAACCAUCUCAAUGGCUCGAUUUCUUCGGUGUCGUCUUCUGCGGAGAGUGUAAGUGGGGAUGAAAAGGAGGAUGCUAGGGAUGAGGAGACGGAGAAGGAGAGCGAUGCCGAGGAGGAUGAGAUGGAAAAGAAUAUCCGUGCUGUGGUGGAGGCGGCCGAGCGGACGAUAUGCUCCAUCUUCUACGACCGGUUGUUCAUGCAGAGCUCCACAGACGAUGCUACGCAUGAUGAGGCACUUUCAAGUCGCAUCGCUGCCGUCAACCUUCUUGAUCUUACCUUGGGUCAUCUUGGCGUUGACGUAGGCGACCCUGCCGAUGCCGUUGAAGCGGUGGUGAAGUCUUGUGGUCAAACACUUACCCAAUUGGAACUAACCUGUCGAGCACCUGUAGACAAAGCAGCCAUAUUAGUGACCGCUCACAAGAUUCUGGUUGAUGGGCUCUCGAGGUUGCCGCCGGUCAAGUUAAAACCGGAAGGCGAGAUGCUGGAUGACAAGACACCAAUGGCUACCACUUUUGGGAGGAGAACAGUGGAAGAACAAGACGACGACGAGCCGAAGAGUACCUUGGACGCACCUAGCAACACGAUCCUGCACGAGUCGCCGACGGUCACUUUGUCCCCGAAGUCUGAGAUGCCAGAGAAUGUGCCCUUCAGGAAUGCCCCGGACACAAAGAGCUCCAAAGAUGGUAGGAACGAUACUGCGUCGCUUCGUGUGCAUCCGCCGUCGCCGCGCCUCACCAUAUCACCGCCGCCGCCAACAACCCCUACGCCCGUCUCUGGAGACGUCAUCCUUCCACUCAUAAUAUUCGCAGCGGUGAAGGCAAACCCUCCACACCUUGUCUCACACCUUCUCUUUACUCAGCGUUUCAGGAAUCAAGCUAUUGGAGGCGAGGAAAGCUACUGCUUGAUUAAUCUCAUGGCUGUUGCAGAGUUCUUAGAGAAUGUUGACCUCGCUGCCUUGGGCUUGGGCGAGAGCGAGAAGACAGUGAUCAGCACUGCGGAACUGGCUCCCAUUACUGCCAAUCGUUUAGGUUCUCAGCCGACCUCACCACUGGGGGUAGCGACCUUGCGUGGCCGUGUCGAGCAACAAGUGGAUGCCAUCGCAGGAUCCGCGAACAAGGUCAUCUCUGGCGUCGUCGAUUCGUCAUUCGGUGUAUUGCGAGCAUUUUUGCCUGCCACUCAGCCUGAGGGUACUGCCCCUGAGGCGGAAUCGCAAGACGCGCAACCAAGGUUCACCCUGCUCCGACGAGACACCGGCUUCUCGAUCGCCAGUCUGGCAGCGUCGCUCCCCGGCGCUGCCAUACGCUCGAAAACGCCGGUCCAGCGCGACGAAGAGUCCGGACAGCAGCUUGUGGAAGUUCCCUCACGCCCGGCGUCCAUCCGCUCUAUGCGCGCGCCGAGCGAGUCGGAGGAAGACAGCGGCCAGGAUGAGGACGAGGAGGAAUACGAGGAGGAGGAAGAACACGAUACCCGCAGCAUUCGGAGCUUUGAGAGUAUGAUGAGCAAUCGGAGUCGGCAGCGCCGUCGCAAGAAGGCUGCGAGUGCAAGCGCAAGGAAAAGUCUUGCGGACCGCUUAGCGAGCGUCCCUGGCCUGUCGAGGCUGUCGGGUAACGCGGCACACGAUGCGGCCAAGGCCUCACCGCCGGCAUCACGGAGAUCGUCGCUACUCGUCCCUGGCCAGGUUCCGACGCCGACGAACCGCUUUGACACGCCAGUGUCUUCUCGUGCAGCCUCGCCCGUUGCGAUACGCAUCUCGCCACCCAACCCCCGGUUCCUCGAGGCGACGGAGGACGACAUCAAGGUUUCCGAAGUCGGAGAGCUGCUCAGAGAGUACAAGAGGAUGGUUGAAGCUGUGAAAGCGAUGGGAGGCUUCCACCAGGAUUAACGAUAACUUCACUUUCUUCGUUUCACAUUCAUGUUCGUUAUAGAUAGCAUGCUUGGAUUAAAUGGGCCAUUACAUAGGACUGUAAGGCCGGAGGGGGGAGAGACUCACGUGUCAGCACUGCUAGUCAAUUCCCGCUAAGGUCAUGGAAGAUAUCAAUCUGCGCAUGCAACUGCGCAAGCCGCUGACAGAAAUGCGGGCGUGAGUGUUCGAAAAGCCGUGCAGAACGUGGGAAACAUAUGAAGGUAAACAACGUUGGAGUAUUAUGAUCAUAGCAUAUGCAUGAAUAGGCAGCCUGUUGUUGGUUGACACCAUACCUGCCAUAUUGCUCGUCUCGAUGUCGAGCUUCAGCUUCGCAUAACAUGUGGCCGAGAUCCCCUUCUCUGCAGUAACGUCCCCACUACGCAAGCAGACUUGAGAAACGUGUACCUAUCGCUCCGUAUCAAUCGCAGAGUGUAUCACAGCUCAAGUGAGCCGAACAUGUCAGUCUGCCAUUCUAUAUCGUCCUAGUCUCGUACAGUCGUCAUGCGUUUGUGAGAAUGGCAAGGUUUAGGGCCAUGAUGGUGAAGAAGACACACUACAUGCAUGCCGGCAGCUGCCUUGGAGUCAAUGCCAGAAUUAUUCUUCGCGAUAAUGCCCUUGAAGUUUAAAGCAGACGUGUCGUGGCGAGAAGCUCGAUCUGUCCGUUAAAAGCAGGUCUGACGGCGAUCU